AUGCGGCCAGGACAGCCAGACAUGCAGCGCUGGUUCUGCUUUCUCAGAGUGACAGAGAUGAGCUGGUCAACCAGCACCGGAGACCACGGCCAUGGGAUUGAGCCUGCCGUCUUGUUUGGUGUCCCCAGGUGUGCUGGCACGGUCGGAGCCAUCGUCACGUGUCCCCUGGAGGUGAUAAAGACGCGGUUACAGUCCUCGGGAAUCGCCCUUCAGCCAGUUUACUACCCUCAGGUACAGCUGGGGACGCUCAGCGGAGGAGGAGUCGUACGACCAACCACUUCCGUCUCCCCGACCGUUCUUCAAGUCCUCAAAUCCAUCCUUGAAAAAGAAGGACCAAAAUCUCUCUUCCGGGGGCUGGGUCCUAACUUAGUCGGUGUCGCUCCUUCCAGGGCCGUCUACUUUGCUUCGUACUCUAAAGCCAAGGAGCAGUUCAAUGCAAUAUUUGUACCUAACAGUAACAUCGUGCACAUGUGUUCUGCGGGAUGUGCAGCGUUUGUGACGAAUACAAUGAUGAAUCCGGUCUGGAUGGUGAAAACACGAAUGCAGCUGGAGAGGAGGGAGAGAGGAUCCAAACAGAAGAACGCUCUGCAGUGUGCCCGCUAUGUGUACCAGACGGAGGGGAUGAGAGGAUUCUACAGGGGCCUCACUGCCUCCUAUGCUGGGAUCUCAGAGACCAUUAUCUGCUUUGUAAUAUAUGAAGGUUUAAAGAAGCACCUGGAAGAUCUCCAUUUAGCCACCAGCAAUGGCAAUCCCGGCCAGAAAUCCUCCUCCAACUUCUUAGGAUUAAUGUUUGCCGCAGCUUUCUCCAAAGGAUGCGCCUCCUGCAUCGCCUAUCCACACGAGGUGAUCCGUACCAGACUGCGGGAAGAAGGCAGCAAGUACAAUACCUUCUGCCAGACGGCGCGUUUGGUGGCACGGGAAGAAGGCUACGCGGCGUUUUACAGAGGACUUUUAGCCCAGCUAUUCCGGCAAAUCCCCAACACUGCCAUUGUCCUUUCUACGUAUGAACUCAUAGUGUAUCUGGUGCGCGACAAACCCAAGUAAAUGGGGGGAGAAUCGCCCACCCCCCACCCCGAACAUUCGCACUGCGCACUGACCAAACACAGACUGGUGUACUGUAACGGCUGCCUGGCCGCUCCGUCAUCCGGAGGAUAUCGAGUUUUGGACUGUUUU